CUGUGAAAGAAAUCAACAGGAAGACGCUAUUUUUUUACACGUACAGUACAUAAAACCUAACGGGUUUCUAAAAUGGGACCGCUCAGCGAGAACUAACAGCAAAAUUAUUCUAGCAGUAAUUACAGGAUCACGAUGAGGAUAAUAUGUUUUUAUUCAUGUUGCUUCUUUUUGUAUUCCACGUCAUCUGCAGUGAAACACUCACUGCAGCUUCUCGUCACUGCAUCAUCUGGAGUCCCAAACAUCCCAGAGUUUAUGGGUGCUAUGAUGCUUGAUGGCAUUCAGAUGGGUUACUGUGACAGCAUCAACAAGAUAUUGGAACCAAGACAGGACUGGGUGAAGAAGAUGUUAGAAAACGAAACUCAGCUGUUAGAGAUGUACACUCGUUACUGUUUUGUGAAUCUGCCAAAUAACUUUGGAAAGCGUAUUUCUAGUCUGGAGGAGCAGUUCCAGAGUGAAGGUGUUCACAUUUUACAGAUGAGAGAAGGCUGUGAAUGGGAUGAAAAAACUGGAAAUGUGACUGGAUUUUUGCAGUACGGUUAUAACGGAGAAGGCUUUGUUGAGUUUGAUCUGAAGAAUCUGACAUGGAUCGCACUGAAACCAGAAGCUGCCAUUACUAAACAGAAAUGGGAUGCUGACAGUGUUAGGACAAAACACAAUGAAAACCUUCUCACUAACAUUUAUCAAAAAUGGAUGAAGAAGUUUUUGUCCUAUGGGAAAAGCUCCCUGCAGAGAACAGUUCUUCCCUCAGUGUCUCUCCUUCAGAAGACCCCUUCCUCUCCAAUCAUCUGCCACGCUACAGGUUUCUACCCUGACAGAGCUGUGAUGUUCUGGAAAAAAGAUGGAGAGGAAAUUCAUGAAGGUGUGGAUCCUGGAGAGAUCCUCCCCAACAAUGAUGGGACCUUCCAGAGUAACGUUGAUCUGAAUGUUUCAUCAGUCACACCUGAAGACUGGAGCAGAUAUGACUGUGUGUUUCAGCUCUCCAAUGAUGAGCAUGUCAUCACCAAACUGGACAAAACAGUGAUCAGUACAAAAUGUGGAAAAAAAAUACCUUGCAAUGGUGGAGUAGACACACCCCCUGCCACGAUGACUGCUGUCAUUGCUGUAGUGGUUGCUGCAGUGGUUGCUCUCUCUGUGGCUGCUGUUGGAUUUGUUGUUUACAAAAAGUAAAAAGGGGGACGGGGGGGCUGCAGCCUAUGCCAUGUGUCAUAAUAAAGCAAGAGGCAGCACUGGACAGAGAUAACACAGAGAGACAGACAAGCAUUAAUGCCAAUUGACCCCAUGGGUGUCUUUGGAAUGGGAUGUGGGAGGAAGCUGAAGUGCCCAGAAAAAACUCAGGUGGACACGAUGAAAAGGCCCAAACGCCACACAGAAAGACCCCAGACUGGAUUCAAGUCCAAGACCUUCUUUUAAAAUGUGUUUUAUUGAUGUAUAUAAAAGUAAUUUCAGGAUCAGUGAGCCUAAAAAAAUGUGUUGUUGACCUACAAUUUCUGUCAACAUCUUUGAACUCUGAGAUUGAAUCAAGACGCCACAUGAACAAAGUACAGCAAACCACAGAGUAUAGAUAAGUAUAAGGACUUCAGUUGAAGAAGUUAUGAGCAAAGAAGAUAACUGGUCAUUUUAUUCUUUUCAUUAAUAUAAUUUCUUAAAUGUCUAACAACACUUUAAUAGUUUUUUAGGAUGACUUUGCAAACAUGAAGCCCUUCUGAAAGUCUUUAACGCUAUCCGUUUACACUAUCCAUUAUCCUGCAUUAUCUAGAACAGCGGUCCCCAACCCCC